AUAUCAGAAAUACCCAAAAUAAAAACGUUUAAAUGGCGUCUUCAGACUCUUCAAUAGCUGUAUCUGUACGCGUUCGACCACUGACAGGCAAAGAGAACGGAUUAAUAGAGCCACUUUCAAGUAAUAUAUUUAGCUCAGAUGCUAGUUUAUCCUACACACCAUCCAAGCAACCAGUUAGAAGUAGCAGGCGGAUAAUUGACGUCCUCGAUGACAGGGUUUUGAUAUUUGAUCCACCGGAUAAUGACCCCGCCCGCUCAUUUCAAAAUCAAGGUUUUACUCGUCCUGGUACGAAGCGUUACAAAGACCAGCGCUACGCAUUUGAUAAGGUAUUCGGUGAACCAACAUCCCAAGAGAACGUCUUCUACGAGACGACGUUACCUUUAAUUGAUGGCGUUUUGGAUGGUUACAACGCUACAGUAUUUGCCUACGGUGCGACGGGAUGCGGUAAGACACACACUAUUAGCGGUACACCUGAAGAUCCCGGAAUUAUAAUCAGAACGAUGAAUGAACUCUUCACGCGCAUACAACAGGUUGAGACGACAUACAAUGUACAAGUUAGUUUGAGUUAUUUGGAAAUAUACAAUGAAAUGAUACGCGAUUUGCUCGCACCACCAGACGCGAAAACGCCAAGAAGUGGUCUUGCCUUACAGGAGAGUGCAGCGCAGAAGAUCUCUGUUGCCGGUUUGAGUGAACAUCACCCAAGCUCGCCUGAGCAGGUCCUCGCUAUGAUUAUGGAUGGUAACAAGAAACGUACGAUGAGUCCAACUAUGGCAAACGCAACUUCAAGUCGCUCUCAUGCAGUCUUGCAAAUAAAUGUCAAGAAGCGUCAAGUAGGACAUGAUGCAGAGCAAUGUGCGACGCUCUCCAUUAUUGAUCUCGCGGGUAGUGAGAGAGCAUCAGCAACACAGAAUUCAGGGAAACGUAUGACAGAAGGUGCCAAUAUCAAUAAGAGUUUACUCGCUCUCGGUAAUUGCAUCAAUGCACUCUGCGAGGGUGCUAAGGGACAUAUUCCCUACAGGAAUUCAAAAUUGACACGUCUGCUUAAAUUCAGUCUUGGUGGUAAUUGUCGUACGGUUAUGAUUGUCUGUGUAUCACCCUUCUCACAACACUAUGAAGAUACUCAGAAUACUCUGAAAUACGCAAAUAGAGCGAAGAAUAUAAAAACCAAAGUAUCCAAGAAUAUCAUCAACGUUGAUCGUCAUGUUAGAGAAUACGUGCAGAUGAUAGCCGAAUUACGAGAACAGAAUGCGAAGUUGCAAAAUAUUAUCGAUGACAGGUCGACAGAGAUGAGCGCAGCUGAUCAACGCAAGCGAGCUAGCAGUUUCGAAGAGAUGACAAGGAUCAAGACGGACAUCAGUCAGAAGUUAGAUGAAACUCUGCCGUCAAUAGUUAAAGGUGCUGCAUGGGAUGCCUUGUUGAUCACAUCCACGAUGAGAGCUCAACCGUUAGAGGCAAGGCUAGGAAAUCUGUCGCAGAACCCUUCUGGAAACAGUCACGAAAUUGCACUACUGUCCUCAAUGCUUCGUCCGCUAGCAGGUCUACUGGCAGGUAACUCCUCCGCUCGGUCGCAUAUACUUCAAGCUCAAAAGAGCUCCGCAAUGCUUGAAGCAACUCUUCGUGCUAUCGAGAGUAAACGCUACGAUGGAAUGGAUGAACAGACGGUCAUGCAGAUUAAGCAGUAUGUCCAAAGUUGUCGCCAUCAGGUGCAAUUCGAGAGCGAAAAGCAGCGUUCUGAGCUUCUUAAGAACGCACUUGGUGUCAUGUCGACUGGACUCGCUGGAACAACCAAGACGAUUGCUUACCUCGCCAAAAUUGGUAAUGCGUUAGUCGAAGAUGUCAAUAAGAAGUCAAUAGAUUAUGAUAAGCAGAUAGGAUAUGCAAAGGCCUUGCAAAUGGAGUAUGAAGGCUCAAACUCACUUCUGAGUUCUAUCAACAGUCACGAUGAAUUACCACCGCCAAUUUCUGCUGUCAAUUCACCAGUCAAUACUUUCGAUGGUGCUACAUUCCAACCUCCACCUCCGCUAGCUAUCAGCCUCAAGAGCUUGUCGCCAUCGAGCAUGCCCGCUACUUCUCUCGUAGAAGUCACUAACAGACGACUUUCACCAGUGCGUAAAGUCAAAACGACAAGCGGUAGUCCGAAGCGCGUUCACAGAAGACUGUCGAACUUUGAUGGUAUGAUGGCAUCAAAACCGCCUCCAUUAUCGUUUGGUGCUGCUAGUAUUGCGGCAGGGUCACAAAUGAAAGCUUCAUUCGCACAACCUGCUGCACAGCCUCCUGCAUCGAUACAACCCAAGAAGAGUUUCCGGUGGAAAGACGAAGCGGGUGAGGGCGAGUUAUACGAAUCCCGGCGAAGACAGAGUCUCGGAAGGAGCGUCAAACCGUCUACGACGAUCAUCAAUAGUAACGGAAUGGAUACUGACGACAACAAGAGUGAUGGUGGCUGGGAAGAUGACGAUGGUAGUAGUGUCUUCAAUGCCGCACCUGUAGCUGUUCCAGCUCCGGCUCCAACUCCUGGUCCCGCUCCAGCGUCUGCACCUACAUCUGCACCUGUGCAGUCUGAACAGAAGAUGCGCGGCCCCGUGCGUCUUGAGCAAUCGCAACAGACGCAACCACAAAGACGCUCCAGCAGUAUAGCUAUGCGUCCGCUUGGUUCUAAGACACUCGCAAGCAAGAAAUCAAACCUGAGCAACGUCGGUGAAGACGAAGAAAGCAGCUUUAGGUUGCCUCAGGGUUCACCAAUGCGUCUGUCGUCACCAACUAAGCGCAUCGCGCUGCUUGAUCUUAAUGACCAAGGCAGCCCGAGUCGACCAGCUCGCGGGUUUGCCCAGCCAACUGCAAGCUCCGCCAGGCGGCUUUCGAAACUCCCUGAACCUACCGGUAUGGGCACGCCAAGAAUGAGACGCGUCAGACGAGGCAGCAAUAUCGGACCAAUGAGGCGAGGUAGAGCUAGUCUCCUUGCUGCUGAGACCUCAGUUCAGCAUCCACACCAACCACCACAGCCUGCGCCGUCGUCCGGUCCAGUCCGAUUCAACCCAGGUGCAAAUCUCAAGAGUCCUCGCAAAGGACGCAGAUCGCUAAUGCCAUUGGGCAGCUCGAGAAGGAUGAGCGCUGCACCACCAUUAGGUGAUUUUAGUUUUAAUAAACCUGGUUGGAAGUAACUUUAUUAUACCCACUAAAAUGUAGUAAAAAUUUUCAACACUCUUUCACUUGUUAAAAACAAACUGGUAAUAUAAUAUGUAUUAAGAA